AUGGCUUACUGCGGCAACCAUGAAGCAACCCAUUCAAACUUGAAUCUCAACAACAGUCCCGAUCCGCGCGCAACUCACGCACGCCUCCUAAAAUCCACCGUCACGGACAUUUCACUAUUCAACAACCUCAUAACACAGUAUUUCAAAUCCAACCUCUCUUCCUACGCUCUCUCCCUCUUCACCCGAAUCCCCUCUCCCAACGUCGUCACAUGGACCGCACUCAUCACCGCACAUUCCAACACUCUCCAUUCCCUCCACCACUUCCUCUCCAUGCUUCGCCAUUCCACCCUCCCUAACCACCGCACCCUCGCGUCUCUCUUCGCCACCUGCGCCUCUCUUUCUUCUAUCUCAUUUGGUCUUUCCCUACACUCUCUCUCCCUCAAACUCGCACUCUCUCACCACCCUUUUCCCGCUUCAUCUCUCCUCACUUUUUACUCCAAAUGCCGACUUCCCAAUCACGCACUCAAAGUGUUCGACGAAACUCCCCAUAGAGAUAAUGUAUCUUACUCCGCUAUCAUUGUUGCUCUCGCUCAGAAUUUUCGGUUUUCGGAUGCUCUUUUUCUCUUUGCUGACAUGAAAUGCCAGGGUUUUUAUUCUACCGUCCAUAGUGUUUCUGGGGCUUUACGCGCCGCUGCGCAGCUUGCUGCACUGGAGCAGUGUAGGAUUAUUCAUGCACAUGCUGUUGUUGCCGGCCUUGAUUCAAAUGUUGUGGUUGGUACUUCUCUUGUUGAUGGGUAUGGUAAAACGGGUCUUGUUAAUGAUGCAAGACGGGUUUUUGAGGAUAAUAUAUAUUGUAUGAAUGUUUUGGGUUGGAAUGCUAUGUUGGCUGGUUAUGCACUACAAGGGGAUUGUCAAUCGACUCUUGAAUUGUUUGAUUCUAUGAAAGGAUAUGGAUUUGUGCCUGAUGAGUAUAGUUUUUUGGCGAUUCUGACAUCUUUGUAUAAUGCUGGGAUGUUUAUGCAGAUCGAUGUGUGGUUGAAUAGGAUGAAAGUGGAGUAUGGUUUGGAACCAACUCUUGAGCAUUAUACGUGUUUGGUGGGGGGAGUGGCCCGUGUUGGACAAUUGGAGCGUGCAGAGAGGAUAGCAUCAACGAUGCCUUUUGAGCCAGAUGCUGCAGUUUGGCGUGCUUUGCUAUCUGCUUGUGCAUACCAUGGUGCGGUUGAUAAAGCUCGGGUUAUGGCUAGGAGGGUGUUAGAACUAGAGCCUCAAGAUGAUUCUGCUUUUGUUAUUGUUGCUAAUGUGUUAUCGUCUGCUGGAAGGUGGGAUGAUGUUGCAGAGUUGAGGAAAAUGAUGAAAGAUAGGAAGGUGAAGAAGAAAGGAGGGAGGAGCUGGAUUGAGGUGCAGGGGAAAGUUCAUGUUUUUGUGGCAGGGGAUUGGAAGCAUGAGAGAUCAGUGGAGAUUUAUCAGAAGUUGGAAGAGCUAAUGGGGGAUAUUGAGAAAUUAGGAUACGUUCCAGUUUGGGAUGAGUUGUUGCAUAAUGUCAGGGAAGAAAAGAGCAAAGACGCUCUUUGGUAUCACAGUGAGAAGUUGGCGGUUGCGUUUGGAGUAUUAUGUGGAUCUAUACCACCUGGUAAGGCAUUAAGGAUUGUGAAGAAUUUGAGGAUUUGUAAAGAUUGUCACGAGGCUUUUAAGUAUAUGACUAGAGUUUUAGAAAGGGAAAUUAUUGUGAGGGAUGUCAACAGAUACCACAGAUUUGUUAAUGGUGAUUGUACUUGUAGAAACAUAUGGUAG